UUUCUUUUUUUUUUUCUUUAGCUGGGAUGGAAAUUCUAUGAUGCAGAUGACUAUCAUUCUCCAGAUAAUAAAAAGAAGAUGGCAGCAGGAAUGCCACUAAAUGAUGAGGACAGGAUUCCAUGGCUUUGUGCAUUGCAUGAUAUACUGAGGAGAGAAGAAUCAUCUAGACAAGAUGCAGUUCUAGCCUGUUCAGCACUGAAGAAAAUCUACAGACAUAUAUUAGUCAGUGGAGCAUCUGAAAUUGGAAACAGUCAGUCAGAGAAACCAGGAGAAAAUGCAGCACUGAAUAUCGUCUUUGUUCAUCUGGAUGGUCCUACAGACCUCAUUGCUCACCGCCUGGAGAAGAGGAGAGGACAUUUCAUGCCACUGAAACUACUCCAAUCUCAGUUUGAUGCUCUGGAGCCUCCUACCGCGCCAGAAAGCUUUAUUACUGUCAGUCUAGAAAAAUCUCUUCCUGAGAUAGUGCUGGAGAUUGAGAAAGCCAUUUUUUCAGGGGCUAUCUGGAUCCCAGCUCCACCAUUUGAGGAUACUGCUUAAGAGAUAGUUCUCAACCUGGUAAGUAGUGUGCUAUCACAGUUUGAAAGACAAGAAGGGAUUACUUUUGUUUUGUUAUACUCUGUGCAUCAAGGCAGAAAGAGGAGACAACCUGUCACCUAAAAUGCUAACCACACACAGCAGCUCCCGUAGUUUUAAUGAGGCUGUGCACAUGUGCAGGGGAAGAUCCCAGAGUGAUCCCUCUACAUAAGUUUUAUUUAAGUACACAAACAAUUCUGCAUAUAUAUGCACAUUUAUUAUUAUAAAUAAAAUGAAUUUAGCAGGUUAGUAGGGAUGUUCUAUUACAAUUUAGCUCCAAUUAUUUGGAUGGAAGCUUUCUGUCCAUAUUUUGAAAUUAAUUUAACAAAGGCAGCAAAAAAAUGAGGAAGAAACAUCUGGAAAUGGAAAUUGCUUUUCCUGUCUCAGCCGUGAGUAUAAAUUCUCUACAGAAGGCAUAUGCAAUUCUUUCUUAAGUAUGUAUGUUAUGCACAUUACAGUUUGUAACAUCCCAUGUACCUACUACAAAUAAAAAAUAUGCACAUUUUGCAGUGUUAUAUUGAAGAAAGAAAAGUGUUAAAUUCCAAUAGCAGGCCCUCUCUAACUGCACAGGGAACUUAUUAAAGGAACAGAUCCAGUCGCCUGCCAGCUCAAUUCUGAAGUAAGAUGGUUCUGUUACUAUGCAGACACUAACCCAAAGGAACUGGAAAACAUCCUUUACAAACCUCCCAUCUUGCUGUCACAUUCCCAGGAAUACUCCAGCACUGUUGUUUAAUUUGAAUGUUCUGAAAAGAUUUUAAUUUUUUAAAUGGCAUAAGAUGGUAACGUAGGUAACACUUUCAUGACUUUCAGCCCUUUUUUCUUUUUGCACGUUACCAUCACCAUCCCUAGCAGCAGUGUGAUGUCCAGGCACAGCAGUUCAUGAUAGGUAGCUGCAUCAGAUCUCAUUGGUUCAGUGUGAUGAAAAGGAAUAAAGCAGAUACACACACCCUUUUUUCCCAGUCCAAAAGGCCAUCAACAGACUUCAAGAUAUUUAAGUGCUGAGUUAGCUGUAAGACUGAUAAUGGACAAUGGGCGAGGUAUUCCUGAAGAGAGAAUUUUAAGGAAGGGCAGGAAGGUGGACAACACAUACUGGUGCAGGAGAAGUGAAAGGGAAUAUUGUAACACUAUUAUACUACCAAGUGUGCUCUUUUGCCUUUGAAGAGGUAAUAAAAUGGGACGGCACUUCUAAACCUUGUUUCACCUACUGCUAUUUUGUUUUCUGACAAAAGUAGCAUUCUCCCUAUAUAGUAGAUAGUCACUGUUCUACAACUACUUACAAGGAAGUUAACGAUGUUACUACUUAGUAGUAGAUAAAUAAUGGCUAUACCUUAGGAAGUAAGUUUAAUUCAAGGGAUCACUGUAUAAUUUAGGUCAAACUUCACCUUUUUUUUCAAUUCCAAUAGAACUUCACUUCAAAUACAAGGUCUUAAUUUGCAGGGUGUACCUCAAGUACUUGAGAGUGGUGAUGGAGGUUGUCUCAAGAAAACAUCCACACAAUAUAGAUUCACUGGUUAAAAAAAAGCAUUCUUUUCCCCAGCUCACCCUCACUCUUUCAUCUGACAGUAGACUGUCUGGCUGUUACAGACUGUGUUCUUAAAAGCAUGUAUCUUAUGAAUGAUCUGGGGACUCAGUUUUUUUUAAGGCAAGAUCCCAGUAAGGCACAGUAUAAGGUGAAGUAAAACUACUUAAAGAUCCUAACAAAAAGCUAUUGCAAAAACAGCUUUUUGGGGAAUGGCUGCAAGAGCAGGGCGGACAUGAGGCUGUGUAUGAGCAUGACUGGUGCAGCAGCACAGAGU